AAAUCUCAUAUUCAUGUUCUUAAAAGUCUAUUGCUCGACUGUAUAUUAUGAGUGAACUGAAUUUUUGUCCUGAAUGUAAUAAUAUAUUAUACGCGAGGGCUGACUCGAGAAAGCAACAAUUAAAGUAUUUUUGUCGACAAUGUGAUUUUUCAAGAUGGGCAGACUCUAAUAGCUCAACCGACAACUGUAUCUAUCGCACAAGUUACAAUUAUGAUUCCAAAGAGGACAUUUUCGUUUCUCCACUAGUGAUAAAGGAUCCUACACUUGGAAGAACUACACACUGGAAGUGUCUAAAAUGUGGAUUUCAAAAGGCAGUAUUUUUUCAACUUCCAGAGAGAGUAACGGAUGAUGCCAUGAAGCUGGUAUUUGUGUGCUGUAAUUCUGGGUGUGGAUAUUGGAGCAAACAGAUUUAUGAUAAUACUCAGAACAUACAUAACACCGGCCCAAAACUAGCCACCGAAGAAUCGGUAAAGGCCAAUAUAGAAGCUGAGAAGAGAACCAGAAAUAUCUUUUACGGAGAUGUAGAUAAUUUUUUUAGCGAUACGUAGAAUGGAAGUUCUACACCUAAGAGUAUUUUACAAGUAGUUCCUCAUACGUCAAGUUUUGCAUUGCUACCCCCAACUCAUCAUUUACAGCAUCAUGUAUAUUGGAAGUCCACAAAAGGAAAUCGCGUUUGGAGUUGACCUUUGGAGGAGCCCUUCGAUAGAUAUCUAUCAGGCUGUCUCUACAUAAGCUACACGGGUAUAACUCAGCAAAUGUAUGAAGGAAUGCUGAUGUCUUCAAUUUAUCGUCCUUUGA